ACUUUUGAAACUGUAAUACACUAACCCUCUCCCACUGCCAAAGUCGCUCAUGCUGAAAAUUAACAAUUUAUAGAUUUACACAGUUUUAUAACAAGACAGGAAGGAUACACCCCGUGAAUGUGUUUUAGCUUCGGGGUGAUGUAUGAACGAUUGAUGCGGCACUGAAGGUGAUAUGUGGCAGCUAGCUAUCCCGGGCUAGCGUGACGCUAGUUUCGUUUCUAAAAACCUGACAGCCGAGUGCAUGUGUUCAGUGAGGCACUGACCGUUGGCUGGUGGGGAUAACUGACACGCCUCACCCACCUACCAGCCAAUCAGCUCUUGUUUACCUGCCUCUCAGGUAAGGGUGUGAGCAGGGGGCGGGGCCUCCCACGAGGUAGGAGGGAUGCCCGUGGAGGGCGGAAGUAGCAGCGGCUCUGCCUCAGCAGCCCGUCACCCCAAGCAGAAGCGCAAGGCACACAGUCUGUCUAUCAGGCGUACCAACAGCACCGAGGAGAGGCCACCAGGCAUCAGCAGAGGAGACAUGCUGGAGGGACAGGACUCCAAGCUGCCCCUCGCCUUACGCAACAAUCUUCUUGACCUGUUCGGCCAAAUCGAACGCGAGUUUGAGAAUCUCUACAUUGAAAACAUUGAAUUACGCCGGGAAAUCGACUCCCUGAACGAGCGUCUGACCGGAGAUGGACAGACCAUUGAGGGAGGAGACCCCACCAAGGGAGCCCUGAAAACAAAAGCCAGCCACAGCACCAGUCAACUGUCUCAGAAGCUGAAGACGACCUACAAAGCCUCCACCAGCAAGUGCUUGUACACUUUCCAGGGCAAAAUAGGUGGACCUCGCAACUUCAGUGUGGCCACAUGGGAGUUGUGGGGCGGAGAUUCAUGGAUUGUGUCCAGUUUCAAAGCCACCGCAGGCUCCAGGGCUUUGUGCCAGCUUCUCAAGGAGUACGUGGGCCAUCGCGACGGGAUCUGGGACCUCAGUGUCACCAGAACUCAGCCUGUGGUCCUGGGCACAGCCUCCGCUGACCACUCCGCUCUCCUGUGGAGCAUAGAGACUGGGAAAUGUCUGCUGAGGUAUGCUGGUCAUGUAGGAUCAGUCAACUCCAUCAAAUUCCACCCCACGGAGCAGAUGGCCCUCACAGCCUCUGGGGACCAGACGGCUCACAUCUGGCGCUACAUGGUGCAGCUUCCUGCCCCCCAGCCGCCGCCAGAUGUCAGCGCUCCGUGCGACGAUGACCAGGACUCCUCCGACCGAGAGGAAGGCGAGGUGGACGGCGAGGGCCCCUUCGAGGUCCCAACGGUCCGAGUUGCUACGGCAACCCUGAAAAGCCACCAGGGCGUGGUGAUCGCAGCGGACUGGCUGGUGGGAGGUCGACAAGUGGUGACAGCGUCCUGGGACCGCGCUGCUAACCUGUACGAGGUGGAGACGUCCGAACUGGUUCACACACUAACCGGCCAUGAUCAGGAGCUGACCCACUGCUGCACCCACCCCACCCAGCGGCUGGUGGUCACCUCUUCCAGAGACACCACUUUCCGUCUGUGGGACUUCAGAGACCCGUCCAUCCACUCUGUCAACGUCUUCCAGGGACACACUGACACGGUGACGUCUGCAGUGUUCACCGUGGGCGACAACGUGGUGUCGGGCAGCGACGACCGCACCGUCAAGGUGUGGGAUUUAAAGAACAUGAGGUCGCCCAUAGCAACCAUUCGCACCGACUCAGCUGUGAACAGGAUAAGCGUCUCCGCCAACCAGAGGAUCAUCGCUCUGCCGCACGACAAUCGACAAGUCCGACUUUUUGACAUGAGCGGCGUGAGGCUGGCCAGGCUCCCACGCAGCAACCGCAUGGGUCACAGGAGGAUGGUGUGCUGCACGGCGUGGAACGAAGAGAACCAGUCGUGCAACCUGUUCACCUGCGGCUUCGACCGCCAGGCCAUCGGCUGGAACAUCAACAUCCCGGCUCUGCUGCAGGAGAAGUGACACAGCACGCCCAUUACGAUCCCUCCAUGGUGUGUGUGUGUGUGUGUGUGUGUACAUAUAUAUAUGUAUAUGUACACGUGAAUACUGUAACCCGUGGCCUCGUACAUGCCCCUGAGACGACGUGUGUCGCUGCUGCUGUCGUGUGUUUCACAGCUUUUCCAACAGCUGACCUGAAAUGUGUGAAGAUCAUUUGUUAACCAUCACAGUUUGUGUUGCGUUUUUUUUUUUUUUUUUUAAAGGAUGCAGCUACGUCCGAGCCCGGUCCGUGUGUUCGAGGCCACAGAGCAAGCUGACCCUCUCGCUUAUUUAGCAUGGAUCGUGAAUGGUGACGUGGCUAGCCUCCCCAGUUUAGAACUAAAUGUUUGACUCCACACUGACAGGCUGCUGUUGUUUAGUUACUGCUGAACGGUUCCUCCUGCAUGUAGAUAUCCCCGCUGUGCAAAUGUCCCCUGUAAAGACGUAGAGAAAGAGAACAACAUUAAGGUCAGGAGGGUUUGUAGAAUAUUGUAUAUGUACAUAUUAUUUUGUGGCCUGAUGAAGCGAUUCAGUGUCUUACGAAAUGAAGGCGGAGCUGGGAUGAAGAAGACUCUGUGAUUUUAUCCUUUUUAGUGAAACGCGGAUUAUUUGUUGUCAUGGAAGGAAACAUAUCAUACCUGCCACAUUCAUUCAUUCAUUCAUUCAGUCGUCUUCAAUCUGAGUUCUUGGAAAACUGACGGUUUGCCUUCUUCUUUCAGUUCACAUUCAGCCUCCACUGUUCUGGACUUUGUUGUUAAGUUACUGCAGCUCUGCCUUUUUUCAAGUUUACAGUAGAUUUCUUUCUUUUUUUUAUUAUUUCUUUAUUCUGCCUUUCAGGUCAGGAUGCAAAGUGUCAAGAGCGUAGCAAUAAUUUGGGCUUUGAAUGAGGUUGUUCAGCGUAACUCAUCGUACAGUAUUCCCUAAUACGUUACUCUUUUAUUAUCUGUGUCAGUGAGACGUAGACCUGUCCUCCUCUGGCCUGUUGCUAACUCAGAGCCCUGUGUUGCUGUACCGUGAACUCGUUGGUUACUGGUUGUUUAAGCCUUGUACGACUUCUUGCACCUUUUGUAGUAGAUGGUGAUUUUCUGACUCUUUAUCUCCCCCUUCGAAAAAAAAAAAUCCUAACAAAAACAGAAGCAAUAACUCAGCUCCUUGAUGUUUUCCUGUGGAGUAGAACCUGAAACACGCAGUGGAUCUGAUUUACAGCCCGUCUCCACUUGGGUCCAGGAAACUCUGCUGUUACAGUUUUGUGCAAUGUCCUAAACAUGAAGUCAUGCUGUAGUUUCUGAUCGUCACAUGUUUAAUUUAUAAUUUAUUUCACUGCUGUAAAUCCUAUAAAAGCGCUAUUUUUUUUGUGCGUGCGUGACUGGUGUAGUUGUAGCCGUGUACAGGUGUGUGUAACUAACCCAACCCUCUUCAACUGCUGUAGAGUCAUUUUCAAGUAGCAUGAGCCUAAAAGUGUAAUAAACUAUUUGAAAUGCCUUGUAUUAAAAAAGAAGAAGAAAAUCGUGCAUGAGCCUUAUUAAUCUGAGCAUCAGUGCACUUUUUAUUUUAUUUUAUUUUAUUUUUUUCAAGUGCUUGUUAAAUAUCUAACUGUGUUCCACAGAACAGUGCAGAUAGGAUUUUUUAUUUUAUUUUUUAUUUCCCGUCUCAUUCAGGGAACUCUCGCUCCCACUGGUGUCGAUGUCAUUUUUAAUCUGCAGGUACAACGCCGAGUCCGAUUUGAGCCCCGCUUAUGAAUUUUCAACCCGGAGGAAAUAUGAUUUUGGAUUGAUACAUUAAAUUACUGUGUGCCAGACUGUGGGAGUGAAAAAAAAAACCCUGUAGCGAAUCAUAUAUUCACCUCGACUUCAUUAUGUGAUCUACUUUGCAUACUUUAUUGUGACGGGUAUGCGCUCUCUGACACUUUCCAAUAAAAAUGUGUGAUUUCCUUUUCCAGUC